UGAUUUAUUAAAAUAUUUGUGUGCUUUACCAAUCACUAUUUCAUGACACUGAAUUUAUUGCCUAAAUCUUGAGUUAGAAAUGUGGACAGAAGUGAUACUUGCAAAUGUGAGACGUUAUUUGGGUGGAAAGGCAUUGCAUUAGACUCAGAGGAAGAAGACCAAAUUCUACAACCUGAAUUAAGGUAUAAAACUAACAUUUUGAUUCCUCCUAAGUUGAAUUGGUUUAAAUUUAAGGCACAGUCAUUUCUGAAGGGUAAAAUAAAUGAUAAUUAUAUAAUAGUUUUGUAAAUCCUAAUACUGUAAGAGAUUAUUUGUAGCUCGGAUGAAAGACAGAGUUCACUUGUUUAUUUUGCCUUGUGCCUCUCAGCAGGUUUCUGCCAUGGGCAUGGGGGACAGGGGAACAAGCAACCACUCAGGAGUGACUGACUUCAUUCUUGUAGGCUUCAGGGUCCGCCCAGAGCUCCACACUCUCCUCUUCCUGCUAUUUCUUCUGGUCUACACCAUGGUCCUUCUGGGGAAUGUUGGCAUGAUGGCCGUUAUUAUGACUGACCCCCAGCUGAAGACACCAAUGUAUUUCUUCCUAGGCAACCUCUCCUUCGUUGAUCUCUUCUAUUCGUCUGCUAUUGCACCCAAGGCUAUGAUCAACUUCUGGUCUCAGAGCAAGACCAUCUCCUUGGCAGGCUGUUUGACGCAGUUCUUUCUUUUCACCCUCUUCAUUGUGACUGAGGGCUUUCUCCUGGCAGUCAUGGCUUAUGACCGCUUCAUUGCCAUCUGCAACCCACUGCUCUACUCUGUCCACAUGUCAACACGUCUCUGCACUCAGUUGGUGGCAGGUUCCUACUUUUGUGGCUGCAUCAGCUCCAUUCUUCAGACCAGCAUGACAUUUACCUUAUCCUUUUGUGCGUCUCGGGCCAUUGACCACUUUUACUGUGACACUCGCCCACUUCGGAGAAUAUCUUGUUCUGAUGUCUUCAUCCAUAAAAUAAUUUCUUUCUCCUUAUCUAGCAUCAUUAUUUUGCCUACCAUCAUAGUUAUUAUUGUCUCUUAUUUAUAUAUAGUGUCCACAGUUCUAAAAAUACGCUCUACUGAGGGGCGUAAGAAAGCCUUCUCCACUUGCAGCUCUCACCUAGGAGUUGUGAGUAUUUUGUACGGUGCUGUCUUUUUUAUGUAUCUCACUCCUGACACUUUUCCUGAGCUGAGUAAAGUGGCCUCCUUAUGUUAUACCCUAGUCACUCCCAUGUUGAACCCUUUGAUUUACUCUCUGAGAAACAACGAUGUCAAAGCGGCUCUAAACAAACUUUUAGAGAAGAAAAGUACUAUUCUAUGA